CAUUCGUUCCAUUCCAAAUUCCAAUCACCGGUCAUUUCAUUCACUUUGUGCCAAUCACAUUGUCUCUCGCUUUGCUGCCGUUUGAUUUCUCAGUUCACACCGCCAUCUUUCUUUUCCAACAAAUUUUGCCCGCAGCAAGGAGAAACCAUGGGUACCGUGGAGCGUGCUGGUGAUGCGACUUCGGAGAUGGAAUCCGGCGAGGAGGAGGAGAUUGUUGGUGGUGGUGAACUGGCGCAACACCUCAUGAAAAGCGGCAUGACCCGCGGCGAGAUGCUCGCGGCCAUCACUAACCGCAUCCACGCGGAGGCCAUAGCGUCCCUCCCUCCCAACGUCAGGCGACGAGUGCGCGCGCUCCGAACGCUCCAGAAGGAAUUCGUCGACGUCGAAUCCAAGUUCUACAGCGAGGUGCACCAGCUGGAGUGCAAAUAUGAGAAGCUGUACAAGCCAUUGUUUGAGAAGCGCGCUCAAAUCGUGAACGGCACGUACGAGCCCACGGACAACGAAUGCCUGAACCCAUGGCGUGACGAGACUGAGGAGGAGGAGCUAGCUCGCGCCGUCCAGCAGGCUGCUCUCACCGACGGCGAGGAGAAGAAGGAGGGAGAGGAGGUCAAACCGGCUGAGCCCCCCAUGGACCCUAACGUCAAAGGAGUGCCGGACUUCUGGUACACGAUAUUUAGAAAUGUGUCCAUGCUGUGUGAGAUGAUGCAGGAACAUGACGAGCCUAUCCUUAAGACCUUGCAGGAUAUUAAAGUCCUAAUGCACGAAGACCCGAUCGGCUUCACGCUGGAGUUCCACUUCGCGCCCAACGAUUACUUCACAAACACGGUGCUCACUAAGGAAUACUCCAUGAAGUGCAAGCCCGAUGACGAGAACCCACUAGAAUUUGAAGGCCCUGAAAUCUAUUCAUGCAAGGGUUGCGAAAUCAACUGGAAGAAGGGCAAGAACGUGACAGUGAAGACCAUAAAAAAGAAGCAGAAGCACAAGUCCCGCGGGUCCGUGCGCACGGUCACCAAGUCGGUGCAGGCGGACUCCUUCUUCAACUUCUUCUCGCCGCCCGCCAUGCCCGAGGACCCCAACUCCACUCUCGCGUCCGACAUCCAGGCGCUGCUGACGGCGGACUUCGAGAUCGGGCACUACAUCCGCGAGCGCGUCGUGUCGCGCGCCGUGCUGCUCUACACGGGCGAGGGGCUCGACGACGACGACGAUGACGAUUACGAGGAGGAGGAGGAAGAGGAAUGCUCGACCGAAGAAAGCGAAGACGACGAGCCAGCUCCGCGGAGACCCCGGCCUAAGAAAGCCAACAAGGCGCCCCAAGAAAACCCCGCCGAGUGCAAGCAACAGUAGCUUGCACGUGACCCUUGAUAACCCAUGGGGUAAAUGGUACAUGGUGCUGUCAAUUCUUCAUGCGAGUAGUGGUGCAAGUUGAAGUUAUCGGCUCGAAGCCGCAGCAUGGCUUAUGUAAGGAUCUUUUGUUAAAAUUGAAGCCAAAUCCGACGCAUUUUUACAAGUGCCUUUUGUUUUUGUAGCAUUUGAAGACGAAAGGAGACGGCCGCCCCGAAACCGCCUUUCCAUACGAACGUAAUCCCAAUUUUCCUCUCUGGAUAUUAACAGUAUUGAGAAUAUUUUUACACAAUUUGAUGUUUUAAUCAUAGCUAUGAAUUAGAAGUACUUAAAAAAUUGUAUGAAAGCUGUUUUUCGCUCCUAUAGCAAUGACUAAAAUACAUAAAAUUCUGUAAAAAUAUAUUUUAUAAUGUGUAGCGAAACGCUACUACAUCUGUCGUAGUUUUGUGGAAUUACCGCCGUGCCUUGGUCAGGUUGUUUUUAGUGUUUUGCCCAUGUUUCGCUGAUGUUGAUUCACGCGGAUACCGUUAGGUGGCGCUUAUAGCAAAAACGCGAAAACGCCGACCUUCGUAUAAUUCCUGGCCGUUUCUAAUAAAUUAAGUGCAUAUUUGCGCUUAUUUUGAAUUUAAAUUUUUAUGGAAUAUUCGAAAAAGAAAAGAUUGAAGUUGUUUUUUAGGCAGAUGGUUUUGUGAAUUUGGAGUGGAAAAGUGCGCGUAAAUCCACGAGUGGAGAGGCUCCUCGUAACUGUUGACUACCAAAGGCGCGCGUAAAUCGGCGUCCGAAGAGGAGAGGCUCCUCGUAAACAGUUGGUCUCCAAAGCCGUGCGCAGGUCGGCGCUAAGCAGUGCUGGAGUGAAGAAACAUCAUCGUUAUCUCCCGGUCUGCUGCCAUACGCGCUCGCCAGGAAGCGAGUGAGGCUUACAUCGUUGGCCUGUUCGAAGUCGCCAACUUGAGCGCCAUCCAUGCUACACAAGUAAAUUUGAAUCCAGCUGCCGGUACCCUUGCGUGUGCUUCCACAUUUGUCCCCUUUACCCUGUUUCUCCUGAACUUCAAGACCGAAAUAUUUUAAAAUUUUAACAUUAGUUUUCCAGUUCCAAUUUUUAUAACCAGCUAAUUAAUUCUUGUGUAUUUAUAUGCCAUAUUUUUGUUUUGCCAUUUGUUAAAGAUCUGUGAUCCGCGUACUACAAUUCCUCAAAAUUCUAAAAGCCUCGUUUGACGGGCGGUAUAAAUAAACGGUUCAAAAUUUAGGUAUCAUACGCAAACGUGUCAACCUCAACCAUCGUCGUCCAUAAUAUUCGCCACAUUAAUACAUUUUUUCCUUCCAGCUAAAUUUUCAGCCGUAUUCCUUUUUUUAACUUUCAUUUUUAAAACCCCCUCCCCCCCUAUGCGGAAGGCGGACAUAUAGUUUAAACGAUCUAAAUAGUGAUUUUGGUGAACUUUGUAAAAAUUAAAUUUUAUACAGGGUGUGACACAAAAUUGUUUUUUUUUUUUUAUAAAUAGGGAUAAAUUAUACGUGUUCUGCAAAAUAUCUUGUUUUACUGCAAAUGUCAAUAUCCAGGGAGGAAAAUAAGGACUACGUUUGUAUGGAGAAUCGAGCGUCCUCUUUCCUCUAAAAUUUUGUGGAAUGCCGGCACGACAAUCAAUGUUAUGUAAUUAAAAAUUAGUUUUUUCUACAGUCUAUAAACAAGGCCACUCGAAAAUAUUUUACACGUGAUCACAUUUUUUUGAAGUGAUUGCGAGUGUGCUUUGAUGAAAGGUUUUUCUCUUUUUAUAUCUCGUUUUACUUAUGUGAUAAUCAGCUGGUACUGAUGAGAUUCUUGUCGCCCUUUGAAAAGAAGUUUUGACAGUUGUAAUCGUAUGUAACCUCGCAAUAGUCUUUUCAUUUCCCAUACAUUCCUCGAUAUUUUGAAUUUUACAAUAAUUUUUAUUGCAGUCUUCAUUUUAAAAUUUAUUUUGUAAGAAUUAUCCGCCUUUAGCGACGCCAUUGAAUUGCUUCUCUUAUAGUUUUGGUGCUCUGCGCCUUCCUGCCGUCCUAAAAGCGCAGGGGAUGUUUCUAUUUUCUGCGUAUUUCGUUUCGACGGUUAUAGAUCGUUUCAUUAACGAGGACUCGUGCCUUGGUGCGUAUUGCCAUGCCAUUUAAGGGUUGGAUUAGUCAAAUUCGCGCGUCAUCGUGAAUGACUCGAUCUAUGUAAUCGCUAAGAUUAGGAUAAACACAUGUGAUGUAGCAACAGCCGAUAAGUUUUAUAAAAACGCGUUGUUUUAAGACUAAUACAUAGUUGUUUAUUACUGAUGCAUCGUUCAGAACGCAGCGUAAGUUCCAUAGGCGUAAUUGUUAUGGAGGAACACAGGAGUUGCCAAUGUCUUAUGGUGUAAUAAGACAUUGGGUUUAGUAUUACAAUAUCAACCGCAUACACCAGCUAUAAGGUAUUUGUACACGUUUUUAAAAUAAACUUAUUAAUUUA